CAGCUUAAUCAAGCAUAAACACAAUUCGUAUAAAACCACCUAUAGUCAAACUAGUACCCAGUGCAGUGGCAUCUCAACUGCCAAUUGAAUCGGUCCAAUAUGAAAUCCCCGGUGCUGUUGCUCGUUUUGUGCCAAGUGGCUGCGAUUUUCAGCCAAGCUUUAGAUGCCGAUCGAACGAAAUUCACGUUCGAAUUCCUCCGGCAGAUCCAUCGGGCUCAUCCGGAUGAGAACUCGAUUCUAUCUCCGUUGGCCAUCCACACGGUGCUUUCGAUGAUGUAUCCGGUAGCCGAUCCGGGUGCAGCCGCCGAAAUGCAAAGUGUCUUAGGGCUGGCGGAGAACUCGGACCAGGUGGAGUCCACGAUCCGUGAGCUGCUGGGAAGCUCUAAGAAUGAGGCUCUCAAUAUGGUCUUCAAAAUGUACCACUCGAAGCAGAACGAAAUCCGUCGGGAGUUGUUGAACACAUUCCGAGAUCGGUACCAGGUUCCAUUGGAGGCCGUCGAUUUUGAACAGGGACAACAGGUUGCGGACUCAGCUAAUGUUUGGGUUGACCGGGUAACGGAUUCAAAGAUCCAGAAUCUGUACACUGCCGAUGAUUUCUCCGCCGACGACAGUAUGAUGCUGCUGAAUGCCAUUACAUUGAACGCCGAGUGGAAGUAUAUGUUCUUCCCGGGAAGCACCAAGAAGGAAGUUUUCCAUUUCGAGAACGGUGACCACGAGGUUGACAUGAUGUACAAUGUUGCUUAUCUGCCUUACUGCGAAACGCGAGGCCUAAGAGCUCUGGAGCUCCCCUACAAAUCAAAAACCGAUUUGUCAAUGUUAAUAAUCCUACCAUCGGAAGGUACAAGCCUAAAUCAAGCUUUGGAGACUUUAAACGAACAAGUUUACGAUGAAAUUAAUAACAAUAUGGAAAUCAGUUACUUUGACCUGUUUUUCCCCAAGUUUUCCAUAACGAAGAAAACCAAAGCCAAGGACAUUUUGUCAAACAUGGGACUGAAAAGAGUUUUCUUAUCCGGUGCGUUCGAUGCUUCCAGCAAAGGACCCUUUAUGAUAACUGGUAUCAAUCAAAACGCCAGAAUCGACGUCAAUGAGAGGGGCACAGUUGCUGCUGCCGUAACUGCACUAGGUAUUGACGAUAAGGCCUCGCAUUUCCUGUUCAACUUAUUCCUGUUGUUCUGUUUACGAGAACCGGACCAGAAUUGUAUCAUGUGCCCGGUGAUGGUGUACGCUAUGCUUGCCACCAUGUAUCAGCUAGCCGAUGGGAAUGCGGCCUACGAAUUGAGCAGCUUUCUGGAGCUAGCCUACGGAAUACACCAGAUUAGGUCGGACAUUCGAGAGAUGUGGCUUAAGUACGAACACUACGCGAUCAACACUACUUCUAAGCUAUUCUAUUCGAAGGAGAUCGAGUUGAGGGCCAAUCAGUCUACGGUUGUUAGCGUUCCAACGAGAGCGAUCGACUUCAACGAUGGGCCUCCGGUGGCCGACGUAGUCAACCAUUGGGUUAGCAGGGUGACGAAUGGGAACAUCCACAGCGUAUUGGAGCCUAACGAAGACAUUUUAAAUACAAACUUUCUGCUGCUAAACACCGUUUAUCUGAGCGCAUCCUGGCAGGCACCCUUCACAUCACGAAACACCGGCAAAGCUGUGUUUCAUUUCGAAAACGGGAUCCACGAAAUCGACAUGAUGCAGAAGAGGGACAACUAUCUGUUCGGCCAUUACCGCGGUUGUCACGUGCUCGAGCUUCCUUACGAAAACGGAACCGACCUUUCACUGCUUCUGGUGAUGCCAAAGGAAUACACUGCCCUCAAACAUAUCAUUCCUAUGCUGGAUGCAAGUUGGAUCUCUCAAAUAGAUGGCACCCUUGGGUACACCAAUUUCAUUCUGUACAUCCCUAAGUUCACAACGAUCAAAACGAUCUCUACCAAACCCCUUCUAAAGCACAUGCAGGUGCAGGAGAUCUUCAAACCGGGGGCCUUCGACAUUUCAACCAGGACGGCAUUACAGUUGCUGGACGUCCGGCACUGUGUUCAUGUCGACGUAGCCGAGAAAGGAACUCGGACGGCCAGUGCAAAAGGGAUGUUCCUGGACGAGUUGUCUGACCCGGCUCCGGUGCGUCAGUUUUGCGUUAGUCGACCAUUUCUGUACGUCAUUCGGAAGCAAUCGACCAAGGAGAUUUACUUCAUCGGACACUACUCCCAUUAUGAGGAUUGAUUGUGAUCAAAAUUUUUUUAAAUUUUUGUUCCAAAAUUUAUCUGCAAGGUUUUUAAGUAGGUACUUACAUGUAUGAUAUUGUUACUGAAUUGUUACAGAAUAUAUACAUGAGCUCAAACCAGCAUUGGAAUUGGCAUCCGUCACGAAAAAAAAGUAUUCGUUAACAAUAAAAAAGCGCAAUCUAGGGUCAACUAUUUCUGUUUACUUUGUCCAGUUUUGUAGUUCAUGUUAACAAGAUAAACAAGCCGUAUAGUUGGAACUUACUUACUCAAUUACCCCGUGUCGAUUC